AUGCAAGAGUUUGACGAACUUAAUAAGGGAGUAGUUCGAGGAGUUGUUCGUCGUAAAGAGAAUUACUUCACGGACGCAUUUUCCAAAUAUCAAGACCAAAUCAACGCACUCAAAAAGAAUAACCAACACGAUACUUUCUUUGGCAUAGUGGAAGAGAUGUCACAUUUAUUUGCAGUGUUUCUUUGCCCACGGUAUAACGCAGACACGAAUAAGGUCAUCGAAACCAUCAGUGGCUAUUUCAAAAAGGUCAAAGAAACAACAGAAGACAUUGAAUCCAAUUUUUCGGAACAGCUCCGUCUUGUGAGUACGAUGAACAAAGGGUUCGCUAAAGUCAAAAAUAGGGUUAUUUAUCAAAUGAAGAAAAGUAAAGGGAUAGCAAACAAAGAGGAUGAAAAGAAUGCAGAAGAAUCGAGUUCAGAGAGUUUUAGUAGUUAUUCAAGUAACAGUAAUGAUGAGGAUAGUAGUUUCACAACUUCAAGUGUUUCCAAUUUCACAGAGAGUGACAAUGAUACCGAAUCCAGUGAACCCGUCACAAAGAAGAAGACUAAAAAAGCGAAGACGACGAAAAAGACGACGAAAAAAUCCACAAAAAAGUCGACCAAAAAAACAACCAAAAAAGCCACAAAAAAGGAUGAACAAUCUGAAACAGAAACAAAGAGCGAAGCAAACGACAAACCGUUCUUUGCAAAGGAAAUGGAAGAGUUUAAGAAAGCGCAAGACAACUUUGACGUCGAAGAGGUCAGUACACAAUUUGAGCAAUUCAAGAAUGGUGUAGUGAAGUUAGUAGAAAACAAAAUGAAUGAUAACAUGUUAGUCACCGAAGAUAUGAAUUUUUCGAAGAAAAUGGUCAAUACUAGUACGGUAAGUAAAGGGAGAUGUUUUGGGGUCGUUGGACUUGGUAAGAUCGAAAAGACUGGAAACCCUAAAGAAGAUUUACAAGAAAUUGUCACACGAAUCACUAUUAUGCAACGUACUAAAAACGUCUCGUCGAUGCCAGUGACUUUUUUACAUAUGGCGUUAUUGGAGAAUGGAGUGAAAGUCCUUCCCCGAGUGCUUUUGAAGGAUUUUGCUGAAUUAGGGUUUCCGUUUUUUGGGUAUGAGGAAAUUGUGAAGUCGUUACGCGAGAAGCACGACGGUGGGAUUUUCACGUUCAAAAAUUUGGUUGAAUUUGUCAACCCGAUGUUCAUUGAAGAAGAAGAGCCAUACUAUAAAACCCUUUUGUCCAUUGACUUAACUAAUUUGACGGUGGCGGAUAGGAUAUCAUUAACUGUGCAAGCUCUCUAUUUGCCCAAAGAGAUUGGGGAGAAAGCGUUGGCGAUGUAUCAGUACAUUGUACAUAGUUGCGAAAUUUCAAGUACGACCGAAUACAUGAUAUUUGCAUGUGUAUUUGAGGCGUUACGGUUCACGACGAGAGGAUGGGAGACGAUGGACCCGAAUUAUUUCUUGUUCAAGUACAUAGAGAAGUAUGGAAGAGUCGUUUCUGCUGUUCAGAAUAUCAACGUGCCGGAUGUGAGUGUUGUGAUACGAACUGAACGAGUGAAACAAAUUGGAAAUGCCAUGGAGAACAUUUCUAUUGUUCAAAAGACGGAAUUGAAAGAAAAGGUAGCGAAGAAGAUGACAAAAGUGAUGCGAGCGACUGAGAAUUGGAAGAGGAGAGUGAGUGGGAAAGAAGAGAUAUUGUUUGGUGAUGAAGAUGAACGUGCUGAGACACUGAUUGGUUCGAACACUACAACAGUCAAUGGCAGUGACACUGAUUCGUUCAAGAACACUGAGAACAAAGACGCGAAAAUAGAAGAAUUAAAGAAGGAAUAUGGUUUUAUUGUCGAAGAUAUAGACAGCAAGACUAUUGGUCCAAUGAUGUGUGAGAGUGUAUCUAUCGAAGAUGAACAAAAAGAAAAGGAACGUGUGACGAAUAUGAUGUGUGAGUGGAUUUCAAGUGACAAGAAAAGCGAAUUUAAGGCGGUGAAAAAGUUUGCCAAACCGGUUCAGUCUCCAACAAAAGAAAAAGAAGACUCUCUUGAUUCAGAAAUCGACCAAAUGCUCAUCACUCCCCAUUUCGAUUCAAAAGUGACACAACUCACAGUGAAGUUACAAGAGACGUAUCGAUUCACUAAAGAAUUUACAGAUCAAAUCACUGCCAACCAGUUCAAAGAAAUUACAACGGAGUUUGGUGUUAUAACAGUGGACGAACAGACCAUUGCGUGCAAAAACGUGUCGCUGUUUUGUAUUGAUGAAAUCACACGAACGUCGCGAAGUGACACAUUUUUCUUUACAGAGUUCCCAUUGACAGAGACGGAACGUGUUGUGAUUGACAUAUUCUCGAGACUGUUAUGUGUCGAUUUUGAUACAUUUAAUGACAAAAUUAAAGAGUAUAUAUGCGCGAUCGAUGAGGUGAUAUUGUCGUUCCAUCACCGAGUCCUUAGUAAAGAGAAACUUAACAAGCGAAAGGCGAAGAAGACGAAGUAA